GUAAUGAAUGCAUCAUGGCGGCACUUUGGCAACAGGUGCUCGCUCUUGAUGCGAAAUACAACGCUUAUCGUGCACCAAACCACCCACAAUUUAGAACUCUAUAUAUACGAAGAAGAAGUCAGCUGUUAAGGGAGAAUGCCAAGAGCGAGCGUGACCAAACAGCAAGACGUGACUACCUUCACAUGCGGGCCCAGCUCCUCACAUCACGAUACGGAAGUCCAGCUUUCUCGGAUGGAGGGAGCAUCAGGAGUCGAUCUUUCAGCAUCCGCAGCAAUUGCAAAACAACAGGGGAGAGUUUUGAUUCCAUCACCCUUAGUGAUGGACGGAAGUACCAUAGGCGUCACAUGAGCAGUGGCUCCCUCAAGCACCUUUAUGAAGGGCCUAUGAAGAGAGUGUUUGACAGCAUUGAGGUUGUACCUACCUCUGCAGCAGAGGCAAGCAGAGCUAUGGUUGGAGGGAAGAGUCUGUCAGAGAACUAUGCCUUUACUGGUAUGCAUCACAUCUUCGACCAGCACUCUGCAUCAGUUUCAAGUGUCAAGUUUGCCCAUGAUGACAAGUCCAGGGUGGCAUGUUCGUCAGUGGAUGGCACUCUGUCAAUCUGUCAACUGGUACCACCUCCUGCUACUGUGAUCUGCAUGCUAAGAGGACACAAGGCUGGAGUGACGGAUUUUGUGUGGUCCCUGUCCAAUGACGUGAUACUGUCCGUGUCCAUGGAUGGCACAGCCAGACUGUGGAACGUGUCUGCAGGGUCGUGUAUGAGAAUCAUGGAGGACGGGACGGGGGCGGAGCUACACUGCUGCCUCUUCCAACCAAUCAACAACAACAUGUUUGUGACUGGCAGUAGCAGAGGUCAUGUACAGGUCAUGAACAUGUCCACAGGUAAAGGAUACAAGGGAGGUAGUAGCAAGGUGACAGGCAGAGUGCACUGUCUGGCGUUUGACUCAAGUGGCCGCAUCUUAUGGGCAGGAGAUGAGAGGGGGUCCAUCUUCUCUUUUACAUUGGAUGUAGCAACUGGUAAACUCACCAAGACACGCAGGAUCACUGUGUGUGAGGGUCAGCCAAUCACAAGUAUAUCGGCACGAGCAUGGAUCAACCGCGAAGCCCGAGAUCCCUCCCUCCUUGUCAACUGUUGUCUCAACUCACUGUGCCUCUUCAGAAUCAUAUCUAACGACGGGGCACUACAGCUGAAGAAGUCCUUCCCCAUCAAACAGAGAACCCAUCACAUCAAGAGUACCUUCUGUCCUCUCAUGUCCUUCAGACAGGGAGCAUGUGUUGUGUCAGGGAGUGAGGACAUGUGCGUUUAUUUCUUCGACAUAACAAAAGAGUCCAAGUCGUGUGUAAACAAACUGCUCGGUCACUCGGCGCCAGUUCUGGAUGUGUGCUUCAACUGUGAUGAGAGUCUGCUAGCCUCGUGUGACGCACAGGGACUUGUUAUUAUAUGGAAGAGGGAGGGGAAACAGGGCAUUUUGUGAAUCGGACCAAAGAUGCGUCAAUGACUCGGCUUGUGUAAGCUGUUUCCAGCGUUCCUAAAUAAGCCUGAAAGUCAAGAGGUCCUUGUCAGACUCCACUGUUCAAGGUAACAGAUUUAGAGGUCCCUAGAUUCAAACACCCUAGCAGCAACCUUAGGGACAGACCCCUUUAUAUUAUGUGAUUACUGUGAUUCUAUAUCAUGUAAUAGUAAUAGUUAAUGAUAUAGAUGUGAUCUGUCUUGCACUGAAUAUUAAAGAACUACUUCCACAGGCUGUGUGCUAAAAGAGAAGGGGUCUUCAGUCAAAUACAGGUCCAACAAACUCAACAAGGGACAUUCAAAAACAGUGUUAUUUUAGAUAUUUGAUAUUCACAAUGAGAAUAGCAUCAAUUAUAACAGCUGGAUGAUUUUUACUGGUCCCAUCUCUUGUUAUACAGCAUGUAAUGAGAAGGGUACAACCCUUUGGCCCUACACAGUCUUAUGCAUCCCUGUCAUAAGGAAAACGAUUUAUCUGUUGCAAAUAAAGAGAGAGAGGGAUGGGAACGAGGGAACAGGAAUGUGCUCAUUGGUUUCACCAAAGUGUUAAACAUCUUCAGACCUGCUUCCCUCUUGAGAGAUGCUUCCCUCUUGAGAGCUGCUUCCCGCUAACAUAAACUGACACACCAUGAUAUAAAGCAACAGUAUACCCAACUCACUCAUUGAUUAAUAAGGAAGAAUUUUGUCAUUCAUUUUUAACAUACCAAAUUGUAAACACAACUGGUCAUAAACUGGACAAGAACAUUACCAAAUGUCUAAAUCAAGUUAGUUUGUGUGUCAGAGGUCACAUGACUAGGACUGAACGACCUCUGGAUUUGUUUUAGAACCUGAAGAUGUAUUGAUUUGAACUAGGUUCAAAUUGUGUUAUCUUCAAGUGUUCAGUAUUUGUAAGUGAGAAAUGAAUUGAAAUUUCAAAAUGUCAAAAUUCACUUUUUAGCAGCUUAUAACCCUUAAUGAGCACAAUUCUUUUACCUUUUGUGAUACAGGUUAUGGCUGAAACUAUUUAUUGGUUUAUCAAGCAUGUUAAGUGGCAAUAAUAAUUAGAUGUUACUAUGUUUCUGUUACUAUUUGUGGUUAUUCUUUUUAAUUUGAUCAAGUUUCAUGUUGAUCAUGGCUGUGAAUGCUGCAGAUGUUAAUUGUCUGAAUGUUUAAAAAUGUGAAAACUGUAAUUUAUAAACUGUAUGUGUAACUAUUGGAUGACUCAAACUGUAUUUUGUAGAUAACACUGUAUGUCACCUUGAGGUGUUUACCCGUCUUGAAACAUAUAGGAACUCAGAUCCCAAUAUUUGUUAUUAAAACAAUGUAGAUCAUGUGCCCUUUCACCUAAAUACAAGUCUCCCAUGAAAAUGUGCACAUCUGUGACUAAAGAUUUUUCUUGUCGAAGACAUGAUUCUGGUGAAGUUUAACUGAACUGAGAGAGUGAUAACAAACCUCUGUGAAAUGAUUGUAGGACCCUAUCGUAAAUAAUGUCUUGGGGGUUAUGAGACCUCAGAUUUACAAGAGUUUUAUGAAACGGCCUAGAAGUAUAAUAUAUUUUAUGAACGUGGAUAGGCAAGUCUUAUGUGCCCACCCGAUGUAAAAGAAGCGGUCGGGUAGCCUAGUGGUUAAAGGGUUCGCUCGUCACUCAGAACAACCGGGUUCGAUUCCUGACAUGGGUACAAUGUGUGAAGCCCAUUUCUGGGGUCCCUUGCCGUGAUAUUGCUGGAAUAUUGCUAAAAGCUGCAUACAACCUUCCUUACUCACUCCCUCAGAAAUCAGGAACAGUGUGGUUCCAAUAGUUGUCCUUGUAACACUGACAGGUUAACAGAUACAGGAUAUUUGUAGUUUCUUGUCAAAUAUCACAUAUAUUUCAUAGACAGAGGGUAUUUUCAUGAGUGGCACAAAGACAAAUAUUUUAGAAAUUUUGUAUUUUUCUUUCUGAUCACGACAUCUUACACUGAAAACCAUAGUGUCAUUGAAGCAGACUAAAAGUAGCUCUUGCAUUAAGUGUUAUUUCAUUCGAGCUUUUAUUAAUGUAUCAGAUUAAUACAGUAUUUAAUCUCUCAAUACAUCAUGAUACAUUCUGAGAACACCUCAUGCUGGAAAUAGGAAGUUGUCAUGUUAGACUGUCUUACCUUUGUAAUGGUCGGAAUGUAGGAAACACUUCUCCACAUUAUCACCUUGAUGCUUUGUUAAUUGUAUAAAUUAUCCUUUGUUAAUUAUAUAUGAAUGUGUAUGUAUUAUUACUAGUAUUUUCACAUGUCUGCAAUAUUAUGUCAGUGAUCCUCUCUCAGAAAUCAACCUGAUGAGUCAAUAACGCCUUGACAGCAACAUGAAAUUAUUGGGAAAUAUUUUGUUUCCUUUUUCCCACCAACUGUCAUUGAUUAUCGAUUGUAUAACAUGUCCAUUCUAUUAUGAAAAUGCCUUGCACCCAUUCACCACCAUAGCUUUGUUUGAGAAGUUGUGUCACCAUCUCUAGCUCCGACUUUCACACAAUCUCUCUGGCUCAUUGAUUCAGUUUGAUUCGAUAGCUAUAUACAGUCAAACACCCUUGUGUCAAAUUUAUGUUUGUCUUGAGGUUAAAGUUUGGUCCCUGCUUAUUCCUUCUGUAUUCAUCAUUUUUAGUUGUGUUGAACCUUGGAUAACUCGAAGUACCGUAUUCGACGUAAUAAGCGCCCCGCUCUAAUAAGCACCCACUGCGAUAUUUGCUAAUAUAUUGGCUUGUGAACAAUCCCAAUUGGCACCCCUUCCGAUUGAUCACUGUACUGGACUUAUUUUUUCUCGCGUAUAAUACACACUUAUGUGUUAUAUGUACCCUUAAUUAUUGGCAAUCAAAUUCUGGAAAAAUAUAUCUGUCGUACAUAAACAUUUCAGGCUGUCAGCAUAAACCACGAAAUUUAUCUUUCAACUCUGUUUUUUUCACCAAAAUAAUAUUCUAAUAAGAGCCCCCUGUUCCUAAUUUUGGGAGCGCCCUGGGCGCUUAUUACGUUGAAUACAGUAUUUACAUCAGUUCCUUCAACGGUGUUUUACUGUAUUCAUGUUAUUUGGACUGGAUGUUAAAGCUAUGGUGGAGAUACCCAGGUGAUGAUCGAGGUUGGCCACCCAUGGAAAGAGUGCCAUGUUGUCGUGUUGAUCGACUGAAGGUAGAGAAAUUGAAAGGACUUGGCCAUCAUGUAGCAUUGUAGCAGAUACUACCUUUACAUGGAACGGGGCAUUGGUGGCCUAUGGGUGCAAGGUACUGCAAUAAGGUGUGCCAGUAACAGGAUCAUGGGUUCAAAUCCCAGGUUCUCCCCGAUUUUGUUUUUUAGAUUUGUCGGCACCAUUACCAUGCUCUUCGGUUUCAGUGGUAAAUGCCUGAAGCCUGCAUCACAUUGGACUUUCCUUCAACAUCAAGCGGACAUGUCACAUGACUGAAAUAUUGUUCAAAGUGGCGGUUCACCAACUCACUUAUAAACACCAUGGCUAGCUGUUGUUCAGGGAGAGUGAGUCUCCUGAGUAAUGGCAAUCAUUUUCCUUCAUAACUUUACAAAUCAUUCCAAUUUAUUGAUACGUCCAUUCAAUUUAUUAAUCUGUUAUGUAUUAAACAAUCAACUGUU